AUGCCAGUCCAGCCCCCAAGCAAAGACACCGAAGAGAUGGAAGCAGAGGGCGAUUCAGCUGCCGAGAUGAACGGGGAGGAGGAAGAGAGUGAGGAGGAACGGAGCGGUAGCCAGACGGAGUCUGAGGAGGAGAGUUCCGAGAUGGACGACGAGGACUACGAGCGGCGUCGAAGCGAGUGUGUCAGUGAGAUGCUGGACCUGGAGAAGCAGUUCUCGGAGCUGAAGGAGAAGUUGUUCAGGGAGCGCCUGAGUCAGCUGCGGUUGCGGUUGGAGGAAGUGGGGGCUGAGAGAGCCCCCGAAUACACGGAACCUCUUGGUGGGCUGCAGCAGAGCCUCAAGAUUCGUAUUCAGGUGGCAGGGAUCUAUAAGGGCUUCUGUCUGGAUGUGAUCCGGAACAAGUAUGAGUGUGAGCUUCAGGGAGCCAAACAGCACCUGGAGAGUGAGAAGCUGCUGCUUUACGACACCUUGCAAGGGGAACUGCAGGAGCGGAUCCAGAGGCUGGAGGAGGAUCGCCAGAGCCUGGACAUCAGCUCGGAAUGGUGGGAUGACAAACUGCAUGCCAGAGGCAGCUCCAGGACCUGGGACUCCCUGCCCCCUAGCAAGAGGAAGAAGGCCCCACUCGUCUCUGGCCCUUACAUCGUGUACAUGCUGCAAGAAAUCGACAUCCUGGAGGACUGGACUGCCAUCAAAAAGGCCAGAGCAGCUGUGUCUCCUCAGAAGAGAAAAUCAGAUGAUUGGCAGGGCCUGUGCGUGGGAGGCAGCCGGCAGCAGCAGCGCCAUGUGCUGACGACCUCACAGCCAGACUCCCCCUUGUUGAGCGCUGAGUGCUAG